AGCAAGGCAGGAAACGUUUUGAAUCAUUCUCAGUACUAACCUUGUGUGGUGAACACCAGCCUCUCUUAAAUAAAAAAAAUAUAUAUUGCAAUAAAAACAAUUUCUCGACAUUUUGUGUCUUCCACAGCCUUGUCCUUUGACGAAAAGCGAAUAUUAUAUUUGCAAAACCAAAGCCUGAUAAUGAAUGAAAUGAAAAUGAUGAAGCUGAUGAUUUUUGGGUUUAGCCUUAUGCUACUUAUGCAGCCUGGUCUAGGCAAUGUCCUUCCAUUUUUCUCAAUGAAUUUGAUUAAUGCCACUGAUGCUACUGCCGGAGGAAAGGCUACCAAUGGCACCACCGCUGCCAUCACCACCAUCACCACCACCACUCCCAUUGUCACCACCAUAAAGCCCAUGACUACAGAUAAAACAACCAAGAAGGAACAGCAGACUACCACCACUACUGCACCCGGAAAAGCAACCACUACCGCCGGUCCCCAUAAGGAUCUGGGUUAUAUGGGCUACAUGGACAGCCUGUUUAACUUGGAAAAUUCCAUGAGACGCAAAUACCAGAAACGUCGCGCUCACGGUGCUCCACCAACCAAGGCUCCACUGGGUGGCAAAAUUUUGGCCCAGCCGUUCAUGUACUACAACAUGGCACCACCUCGAAUGGAGGCGGCCAGAAUUGACCUGGAGCUAAGCUAUAAACCAUCGCACAAAAUGCAUGAAUUGGCCAAGGAGGUAGGUGAUGGUAAUGGUGGUGGUGUCCCCUCGAAGCACCACAAACCCACUCUGCCGCCGUUGAUCGAAAUGUUGAGCAAGCCGCAGCAGCACCCGGACAUGCCCCCGAUCAUGGAGUUUCUGCACGGCAUCGUGGACUUGGUUAUCAACAGCAGCAGCAGCAAUGUCAAGGGUGGCAAUGAAUCAAAGCCGGUGGGUUACUUCAACAAGACCAUCUCUCCAGAUGGCAAGCAUUUGCUAAAGGAGUUUGGACUGCUCUCUCCCAACAUGAAGAUCAAGGGGAUCCAGCAGGAGACCAACUAUGGAAUUCCCUUGGAUCAGGACACCUACGAGGCCUUGCAGGAGGUUUUGGGACCAGCUUUCAAGCCGAUAAAGAUGUCAAAGAAAGGGGAGCAGCAGCAGCAGCAUCACCAGCUGAAGCAGCAGCAUUUCAAGGAGUUGCAGCAUCUGAAGGGGUUGCAGAAGCCAAAGAAGCAACAGCAUCGCCGCGAACCUCAGCUGGGAAUGUAUCCCGAUUAUGAGUUGUUACCUAGCGGCAUUGACAUGGCCUUGCGCAAGAACUAUGAGAUGAUUGACCGCCUACUGGAUGAUCUUGAGCAGGAGGACGACUUGUUGCAGGUGAUCAAGGAUGCUACUAAGCAAAUAACAGACCAAACAAUCCAACUGACCAACGUCUUACAGAAAAAGAACCAUCAGCCCACGGAGGAGCUCAUCGUGAGCUGUCCAAUUCACCAUGAAUUCCAUGCCGAUCGCUUUGGCGAUGUAGUCGAGGAGGAUGUGGUCGAUGUGGGCGAAUGCGAGGCAGUCAAGAUUCAGGAUUAAUCGAGGGGGGCUUAAGGGAUAUUAACAUAACUUUCCAUUCACGGGUUUUCUCACGGGUUUUCACAAAAUUUGUUAGGUUUCCUUUUGUUUUUCUCAACGGUUUUCAUAGCCCCAACUGCCACCCCCUCCAAUUGUUUUUCUUUUUCGGUCAGACAAGGGGAAAGUCGGCCUUAAAUUGUUUGCGUUUAUUGAAGUUUUAAAUAAUUUUUGGGAUAUUAACAAAUUAAGUUUAAAAGGGAGCGCUAAAUAAAUUAAAUACACACACCCAA